AUGCACGGUUGGAUCUCCAAAGAGGCCAUCCGAUGCCCCGUCUGCUUUAAGCCGUACGUGGUCAGGAGUUUACUGAUCAAGCACAUGUACAAGUUCCAUCCUACGGCAGAUCAUAACGGAUUCAUGGCUGAAUUGAAUGAAGUUGAUCGAAGAAUGCGUCUGGACAAUUUCGUGCCCCCAGACGCCGAUUUGGAGGAAGAACAAGAAGUGGAUGAUGAUGCAGAUUAUAGAAUGUAUUUUGAUAAUUUUUUGGCUAUGGAAGCUAAUAAGGGAAACGGUGCUGGAAUUAUUGAUAACGUUGAGGUGUUUAUGAAAGAGGAAAGUGAUCUGGAUCCUUUAUGCGUUAACUCAGACGAUGACGGCACGUGUCCGACCUGCCAGAAAACCUUUAAAACGCCCACCUCCCUUAAAAGUCACAUAAAAUCGGAGCAUCCCUCCUUGGUAAAAUACUGCUGCGAGAUCCCUUUUUUCACACAAGAGCCCUACGAUAAACACACGAGUCUUUACCACACAGAACAUUGGGAUCAAUGUGGACAUAACAAAUACUUCGAGAUCCAUUGCAAGCAUUGCACCUACUGGUCCAUCAGCCUUAAGAGCAUGGAGUCGCAUUACGAACGGAAGCAUUUGCACUCGAAGAGGUUCACGUGCGAGGUCUGCAGGGCCGGAUUCGACCUCCUCGGCCCGUUCGAGAAGCAUCGUCAAACUCACGAGGACAAACCGAUGAUGAAAUGCGACAUUUGCGACGCACCUUUCAAAGUGUUGACCGCCAUAGAGGGUCACAAAAAAAAAUUUCACACGGAACACUUUGACAAGCUGUGCAACACCGGCAAGUUGAAGUGCAAGCAUUGCGACGUGACUACGUCUACGAAACCGGAUAUGCUUGAUCAUCUCGACUGCUCGCACGGUAUAGUCGUACCGACGACCCAAAAGAACGACUUCCGUCAGUUUUAUUGUAAUACCUGCUGCAGAUAUUACAGAACGCGGCUAUUGCUCAAGAGCCACGUGUCACGCGAGCAUAUGUUCAAACCGAAAAACGACCGGGUGUGUUCCAUUUGUAGAAUAACUUGCGGCGACAAUAAAUUGUUGCUGAUUCACAUGCGAGAAAACCAUCUGUUCAAAUACGUAUGCUCCUACUGCAAAAAGCGGUUUGCGCAGCUUUUCACCCUGAGCCGGCACAUGAGAGAAAAGCACAUGCCCAAAAUUAGGGAGAACGUGAAAUGUCGCAUUUGUGACGUUCAGUUUGCUCACAUGAACGAGCUGCUGAGGCACAUUCACGUUAUCCAUCCGGACACGGAUCCUUCUACGAUUUGUGUGGAUUGUAACGAAACUAUUGAUGGUCAACAAAAAGAAGAAGGAUCCACAGCAGUCCAGGAGUUCAGACAAACCAUUAAGCAAGAAGAAGUGGGCUCUGAUGAUCGAGAAGAAGUUGCUAUAAAGGUCAAACUUAAAAGCAAAAUAAUUGAACAAGAAGAAGCGUAUAACGCAUUCCAGGAGGCCACCAAGAUAAGUAAACAAGGAAACGGAGAAGAAGGGGGAAGAGUCGUAGAAGUGAUAAAAGUGAAAGAGGAAGUCCCUUCAGAAGAUGAGAACACUGACAUCCCAAGAUUUUUAAUUGAAAUUGAAGAAGCAAGAUUGCAACGUUCAGCAGAUUCUGUUGAUUGA